AACAAAACCAUAGAACUAAACACGACUCACAUUCAUCUUUGCAAAAAAUAGACUUUGCGGCUGCUUCCAUCAUGCUUCAAUGUCACGCCGCUGAGCCACGAUCCGGCCUCGCCCUCCUCCGCCGGCCUCGCCCUCCGUCGGCCAGUCGGCCUCAUCCUUGUUCGUCGGCCUCCUCUGUCUGUUGAGUCCUCCUCCAUUUCAGCCGCUGGUCGCUGCAACUUCCCCUGACGGUAAGCUUGAACUUGCUGCCAUGAUUCAUGGAUGAUCUUGGAAUUAAGAACUAGUGGGAGUAGACAAGCUGUUGCUGAGCGAUGUGAGCAAGCCUUGGAACUUGUAAACCAUGAUAAUUAUCCAGUUAGUUCAAAGAUCAGCUUUACAAUCUCGCUCAGAAGCUUUUACAAGUUUGUCUGACCAAAGUAAAACAUUAGGAAUUGAAGAGAACAGAACUAACCCCUGCUUUUCGACAUACAAGUAUAUAACAAUUGAUGAUUCAUGGUUUUACAAAGACAGUAGCAAUACAAGUAUACAAAGAUUAGGAUCGCCUUUUCAAUUAUUAAUUCCAAUUGUUAAGCAGCAGUUUUACAGUGGGGAAGCAUAAUUUUGGGUGGGGAAUUCCAAUCUAAUUUGGGGAAGCAUAACUUUUGGGUGGGGAAAGUAGCGGUAGUUUUACAGUGGAAUUUCAAUUCUUUUAUGUACAUUCUAUGCUAGAUCAGGUACCAAUGGAAAGAUACUACUCAAGACAGGUCCAAUCUACUCCUAAUGUUCAAACUGAAGGUGUUGAAGCUAGUGGGAGUAGACAAGCUCAAACCUUUCCUCCUUCGUCGACAGGGAGCUCCUCAAAUACAAGAACCAAAUCUUUCAGGUUUAGUCAAUCGAACUCCAGAAGAAAGUGAGUUUUUCUCAGCAGAGUCAGAUAGAGAGUUUGAUGAAAACUCUUUGGUGCUAGAUCCGGUAUUAAGAACUAAGAUAUCUAGCUUUCAUCCCAAUGUCUGUGACCAGGUUAGAAGAUUUUAUCUUCAAAAAGGUCCUAUUCAACCAAAGAGUCAUGCUUUUCCUGCCAGAAACUUCAGUGGAAGGCAACGUAGAUUCCAGGCUUCUUGGUUUAAGAAGUAUAAUUGGCUUGAAUAUAGUGUCUCAAAAGAUGCUGCUUGUUUUUUAUAUUGCUAUGUGUUCAGUAAGCGAGGUGGGAGUAAUGUGGCUUUAUUGGUGAAGGAUUUAGAACAUGGAAUAAAUUGAAAGCUUUUGAUGAUCAUGUUGGGGAGCAUAACAGCUACCACAAUAGAGCUAAAAACAGUUCAGAUCUUUUAUUGCAGCAAGCAAGAGGAAUAGAAGCUGCAUUAUUUAGACAAUCAGAUCAAGCCAAAAGAGAUUAUUGAAUUUUUUUGGUUGCUUCACUUGAUUGCAUAAGGUGGCUAGUAGUGAAUGGAUUAUCAUUUCGAGGGCAUGAUGAAUCUGCAACUUCAAGUAACAGAGGUAACUUUCUUCAGCUAUUAAGGUGGCUAGUAGUGAAUGGAUUAUCAUUUCGAGGGCGUGAUGAAUCUGCAACUUCAAGUAACAGAGGUAACUUUCUUCAGCUAUUAGAUUUCCAUGCUCUUGGUAGAGAAGAUGUGCAAAGAGUGGUUGGGAGGAAUGCUCCAAAGAAUCUCCAACUCACCUCUCCAAAGAUUCAAAGAGAUCUUAUUCAUGCCAUGGCUUGUGAAACGACUAAGAAAAUCAUUGCAGAGAUUGGGAAUAAUUUUUUCUGCAUAUUGGUUGAUGAGACUCGUGAUAUAUCAAUGAAAGAGCAGAUGGCUAUUGUUUUGCGUUAUGUGAAUUCUUAUGGUUGUGUUAUGGAAAGAUUUCUUUGUACUUCUCAUGUGCGAAAUACUAAAGUUUUGACAUUGAAGAAGGAAAUCGAAGCAAUGCUUUUGAAACAUGGAUUGAGCAUGUCAAUGAUAAGGGGACAAGGCUAUGAUGGAGCUAGCAAUAUGAAAGGGGAAAUAAAUGGUUUGAAGACCUUGAUCUUGGCUGAAAAUUCUUCGGCAUAUUACAUUCACUGCUUUGCUCAUCAACUUCAAUUAGCACUUGUUGCGGUAGCCGAAAAUCACAAAGAAGUUGGUGACUUUUUCACAACAGCCAAUAGUGUGACUAGUUUGGUUGCAGGAUCUUGCAAACGAGCUGACAUGGUUCGAGAUAGCCAAACUAGGAAGCUUGCGGAGGCUAUAGCUGCUAAUGAACAAGAAACUGGGCAAGGACUGAAUCAAGAAAUGAGUCUCAAAAGGCCAGGUGAUACUCGUUGGGGUUCUUAUUAUGGUGCACUUCUCAAUUUUGAGCACUUGUUCUCUACUAUUAUUAAUGUGUUGGAGAGAAUCGAGGAUGAUCCAACUACAGAACCAAAAACAGCGAGUCAUGCAUGGCGGAUGUUGAUUACAAUUCAAGAUUUCAGGUUUGUCUUCAUUUUGAAGUUGAUGAUUGAAUUGUUAGCAAUUACGAAUGAGUUGUCACUAGCAUUGCAAAGGAGAGACCAAGACAUUGUAAAUGCUAUGAAACUUGUUCGUGUGGGAAAAACUAGAUUACAAGAGAUGAGAGAUCGAGGAUGGGAGUCUCUACUUGAGGAUGUUAUCUUGUUUUGCACUAAGGAAUCUGUUCACGUUCUUGGCAUGGAUGAUGAGUAUGUUCUUCCAGGACGAUCAAGGCGCAAGGCUCCACAGAUCACAAACUUGCAUCACUAUCAGGUUGAAUUGUAUUACUCUGUUCUUGAUAUGCAACUGCAAGAGUUGGACAACCGUUUUGAUGAGGUGAAUACUAGGUUGUUGACUUGUAUGGCUUCUCUUAGCCCGGAGAAUGAGUUUGUUGCUUUUGACAGGGAGAAGCUGGUUAGUCUUACUUGAUUUUAUCCUACAGAGUUUGGUCAUCUUUCUGGAUCUUUUCUUCUAAGGGACUUUGAGAAUUACUAUCAUUCUGUGAAGAAUGAUGAGUUAUUCCAUGGAUUAAAAGGAAUUGAUGAAU